AGGAAGAAUGAAAAUUUGUUCAGCUCACGCCAUUGCCAUUCGCCGUGGAGGUUGAGAACUUUCGGAAACUUUUCGUCUUCAUUUUAAGUUGCUGUCGGUCUAAAGAACCGACCCCGACAGGAAUUACAUCUGGACUGGACAUAUUCUCCUUUUGUUUGUGUAUAUGUGAGAGGAUUUACCUGAAUAACGCACACUUUCAUCGACACUUGAAGGAAACCGAGGGGAUUUUAGAUGCUAGUCAUAUUUUAAACACUUCUUAGAGACACCAGACAAACAUGUCGGGGGGUAUCGGUAUAUAUGCGGUCAAGAAACGGAAGAAGCCCGUUCAGAAAAUACCCAAACCCCCACCACCUGAUGGUGUGAAAUCCAACCCCUCCAAGCGACACAGAGACCGGCUGAACGGCGAAUUGGACAGGCUGACCAACCUUCUACCCUUCUCAGAAGAUGUCCGUGCACGGCUGGACAAACUGUCAGUGCUCCGACUCAGUGUUGGAUACCUGAAGGUCAAGAGCUUCUUCAGUGCCACAGUCAAAAAGACCGGAGGAAAUGGAUGGAUAAAUGACCGUUCAGGGACAUUUGGAGGAAACGGACAUUCACCGGCCAGUCUGGAUGGAGUCAAUUUCUCAGAAGGGGAACUGUUGUUGCAGGCCCUCAAUGGCUUUGUGCUGGUGGUCACCUCCGAAGGUUACGUGUUUUAUUCGUCUCCAACUAUACAGGACUACUUGGGCUUCCAUCAGUCGGAUGUGCUCCAUCAGAGUGUAUUCGAGCUCAUCCAUACAGAUGAUCGAGCAAUGUUUCGAAGGCAACUACACUUCGCUCUCAAUCCCACUUCGUGCGAUGGUAGCGAUGCAUCUGAUGCAAUUCAAAGCAGCAGUGACAUCACCAGAGAUAUGGUAAACUACAACCCUCAACACAUCCCUCCAGAAAACUCAUCCUUCUUGGAACGAAGUUUCUGUUGCCGAUUCCGGUGCCUCCUUGACAACUCAUCAGGCUUCCUGGCCCUGAACUUCCAGGGGAGGCUGAAAUAUCUCCAUGGGCAAAACAAGUUGGCUGAAGAUGGGACCCUGGCCCAUCCUCAACUGGCUCUUUUUGUCAUUGCCACACCCCUCCAGCCACCCUCUAUCCUAGAGAUCAGGAGCAAGACUCUUCUUUUCCAAACCAAACACAAGAUGGACUUUACACCUCUUGGUGUUGACACAAGGGGAAAGGUGGUUCUUGGUUACACUGAGAUUGAGCUGUGUAUGAGAGGCUCUGGCUAUCAGUUCAUUCAUGCUGCGGACAUGAUGCACUGUGCUGACAACCAUAUCAGAAUGAUAAAGACUGGAGAAAGUGGUUUAACUGUCUUCAGACUUCUCACGAAGGGGGGUACAUGGAUCUGGGUGCAGUCCAAUGCCAGGCUUGUUUAUAAAGGAGGAAGACCAGACUUCAUUAUUGCUCGACAAAGAGCACUAACUAAUGAGGAGGGUGAGGAACACCUCCGUCAAAGGAAGUUGCAGCUUCCUUUUAGCUGCCCCACUGGUGAGGGUGUCUUGUAUGAGACUGGCCCCACACUGGACAUUGCUGACAUUCAAAAUCCCAGCAAGGGCCAGAAGAUGCACAAACCUCCAUCUCUGGACCCAGAUUCUCUUCUCGGCUGCAUGCUGAAACAGGAUCAGUCUGUCUACAACAACAACAAUGACCCCAAUUCCCAGGUCACCCUUGACAAGGCUUUCAGGGAUAGCCACGCCCUGCUCAAUGUCCCUGGGAACACCUGGCAGCCGUCAGCCCUGAACACUGGGAUAAAGGAGGAAAGUGUGGUAAAGGACAUGAUGGAAAGCUUGCAACAGAUUAUUGGGGACAACAGUAUUUGUGGGUUACAGGGGUUUGAUGUGGAUGAAUUGGACCUGAAGGAGUGGGAGAACACUCUGCUCAGGAUGAACUACAGCAAUGAAAUGGAACUUAAUGAAAUCAUCACCGACGACAUCCUCUCUUAUGUCGAGGAUGCACUUUUUAAGGACAGUGGCAUUCAGUUGCCUGAACAACUCAAGAGCCAGGGUUCAUUUGUUGAGGUACCUGAGUGUCUUCCAGAAAUGGAACUACAGAAUAACUUAGCUGUUAACCAGGAAUUCAACUGCCAGGCAGAUAUACUCAGUGGAUCCCCAGGUGCAGGUGCAGGUGGGUUCAUCGGAAUGAACAUCCAAGAUGAAGUGGACGUCAGUAGCCCUGGAAGAGGGUUGGUGAAGCUCAACCAUAUGGGGCCACAGAUGCUACCUGGCAACUCUUUUGUACAAUCAUUUGGACUAGAAGAGACAACCCAGAAGAUGCCUGGCAAUAAUAACAUUAUGUUUAAUCCUUCUCUUGCCAUGCAGCAGCCGACCCAAGUCAGGCUUGGUCUGCAAGGUGCCAUCCAAGAGAAUGGAAUGGUGCCAUGUGGCCAGAGAAACCUACAGACCGGAAACCAGCUCCAUCACAACACAAUGACUCUCCCUCUUCAAAGUCCUCUAUUGCAGGGCACUUCCGCCCAGCCAAUGGGCUUCAAUGGCCAAAAUUCCCUUCCUCAAAAACCGUCAAUCAGACGGACACCUCAGUGGGUGUCUGACAGCAACAAUAUGAUGGAUAACCUGCUGAACUCUUGCACCCGUAAUAUUUCAGGUGUACAAGAUGCGGGAUUACACUCUGGCCCAACUCCCCAACUACAAGGACAGUUUUCUCUUCACACUCAAAACGCUGCCAAUCCUGGACUGCCUAGCUGGCAGCAAUCACAGCCUCAACCGGUCUCCAAAUCAUUUUCCAGUGGGCAACAGAAUAUGACUGGCUUCAUCGGCCAAGCUACAGGCUUCCAAAGAGACCUGCUUGGAGAACUGAUGUCGCACACAAACGGACAAGGAUUCGGGUCUGGUUUCCUGCCCCAGACAACUGCAAAUGGCAUCUAUCCUCAGCAAGGAGAGAUGAUCAACAACAGCCCUCAUCAGACCACCAACAGCUGCAUGUUCACUGGCACUCCUCAACCGACAGUGAACGGGACGCAGUAUGGUUCUGCUGAUCCAAUAUCUUCAGUGUCAUCCUGCCAGAGGGCUAAAGUUCUUGUUACCCAGAGUCCUAACCAAACAUCCUGCUACUACCAAAGAGGUCCUAGUGAGUCAAUCGUGGGAACGACGGUCAUCCCACAAGAAGACACCAAUAUCAGCCCCAUGGCCUGUCGAGUGCCACUUGGGUUAACUCCAGAUAACAUACUUGCUCAGCAGUAUCUCUCCUGCAAUGGCCAGACACAGAUCACAAACCCUCCACUUAAGGAGAAAGGAACGCUCCAUUUUCCAUCGUUGGUCAAUGGAACCACCUACAUUUCCGAGAACAUCCAAAGCAGUUGCUGUGACUAUUAGAUCAUGCUCAAUACGGAGACUGAUACAUCAACAGUGCUGUACUUUUUUCUAGGGGAAAAAAAGCAUAAAUACAGCAACUUUUUUGUCCCUCGAGAGACAUGCGUGUCCCUCGAGAGACAAGAGUGUCUGCUUCUAAAGACACUCUUGGCUGAACACCUGUAAGACAUUACAGAACUUUAAAAAGCGAUUAUACCACAAUUUUUUUCACACUUAUCUACUUAUUCACUUGUUCACACCCUCUCUGAUGAGAAAUAAGCAGUGGCAGAAAGAAAAUAUAAAUUUUUUUAAGUGCGUCCUUUUAUCCCUGAAGGAUAUUGUUCUGUUUUGCCAUUCUGCCAUGGAAAAAGAGUGAGAUGACGUGUGUAAUAGCAAGGAAAGGUGUGUGAGCAAGUGUGUGUUUGUGUGUAUGUGCGUGCGAGGUAGCCUAGAGUUCAUUUGUGAAGUAUGCAGAAGCAACGGUGAAACCUUUUAAUUGCAGGGAUGAAAUUCUGAGGAAAUUCAAGAUGCACACAAGAUGCUAUUUAUUGGGGUAAGUUUCGACUCAAAAAGGGAAAGUCAAUCGGCCUCAGCCAACGCCUUUUAUUUUGCCAAACAUGUGUGAAAUUGGCUGUAGACCUUUAACCUUAGUGUUAUCAAUGUACCCAACUUUCUCGAAAGAAAUUAAUACUCUACUGAUGGCCUCAGUGGCACCAUUGGACUGUCAGAGCAAAUUGUUGAAUUUGUUGGCUGCAAAAUUUUCCCAGAACUUCUCUGAAGCACCACUCACUGCAAGUUGUAAAGUUGACCAAGGAAAACUGAACAGUCCCUGACCACUUUUUCUUCUCAACAACACUUUUUCCAUUGAAAGAGUAAAAUCCAACUGGUCUUGUCACAAUUUUAUGGUUGCAUUAACCAUACGUUUCAUGUGUAUUACAACAAUAUCUGAAUGUUAUCAUAUCAUUUAUUGUACAGUUUUUUUUGUUUUGUUUAGUUUUUUGCUGUUUGUUAAAAAAUCGUCUUUUGUACUUUUGUAUGCAUAUAAUCGAAAUUAUGGAAAUGUCAUUGAGCCAUUUUUGUCCACUUUUAAUUUGCUGAUUUCCUUCUUGCUUUCUAUUUGCGUUAACACUUAUGUGGAAGAAUUCUAGGAAUUCUUAAAUAGUGUUGCGUGCCAGGAGAAUCACAGCAGCCAGCAUAUCCUGCCUCCAGAAGAAAGGUAAAGACAGGACUCCAAAAAAAAGUAAAUGUUUGUUGAGAGAAAAUUUGAUUUUUUUUUUUUUUUCAAUGGCCGCAGUGAAAGUCUUUAUUCAUCUGUGGUUUCAUUCUUGGUUAGUCAGGAAAUACAGCAGCAGCCAAAAAGUUUAGAAGAAGCACAGUGUAGAGAAUGUGCUCACAACUGAAUUUGGAAAAUUUGUUUUGCGUAAAUUUUACGCAUUUAAUCAAAUGCGAUUUCCAUGGAAAUUCAAUUUUUAUGUAAAGUUUGUAGGCCUUAUUUUGAAAGAAUAUAAAGCCAUUUGAUUCGAUUGUAUCAGCACUUUGAAUGUGUAUGUAUACCAAAACAUAUUUGUAGGAGAUGCUGUAGCUAUAGAAAUAUGUCUGAUUGGUUUUAUUGUGCAAAAUGAACUCUUUGAAAAGGCCUUAAUAGCCUUAAUUUUGUUCAUGUUUUUGACCGCUGUUGCUUCUGAGAUUUAUUCUUUCUCCCUGCAGUAAGAACAGAGUGUAUGGUGUGAUACUAACCGCAAAUAUAUACAACCCUCAAACUCAUGCAUCCAAAGCCUUUUCCUUUCAUCAUCUGAAAUGGGAACACUGCGUGCCUUAAUUUCUUUCUGCCCAAAGGAUAUUCCACUUAUUUACCUCCCGUCUUCACUCUCUUUGGACGAAAUGAUAGUGGCUUGCAGAGGAGGAAUGGAAUUGAAAUGGCAGCUAUAAUUGAACCUGAGAAGUAAUGUUUUUAACAACUGGUUGUUGUUUGCAUGAAUGGAAUCGAUUAAGCAAGUUUGCGAAGUGUUGUACAUAGCCUUGCAGUUCAAAAGUUAAAGGACACUUUCUGUCCGUCUUCUUAAGCACCUUCAAACAGCUUUUGUUUUCUGAGAUUAGCUACUUUUUUCGUCUUUGAUUUCGUUUGAACUGAAAGUUAAAGGAGUUGUUAUGUAAAUAAGAGCGUUCUGUUUUUUAUUGCCAGAUGUCUGCUGGCUAAGAGAGGAGGUUUGUUGUCACUAGAAGAUUUGUUUGAUUGAUGGUUGGUUAAUGGACGAUCAGUUAGCUGAUUGAUCCGUUUAUCACUGGACAGAUUGAUUGCGCACAAAAAAAUAGCGACGGAUUUGGUUUGCGCUGAUGUUCGUUGUCAUGCUUCAAAAUCUAUCUAUGUCCUAACAAGGCUAUGAAACCUCUUCUUGCGCUGUGUAGCUCCGUCCACAGUGCUGUAUAUUAAAUCAGUGGUUCUCAAAUGGCUUCGCUUCAGGACUCAGAUUUUACAGUGGCUUUUAUUGUACAAAAGCCAUCAGCCAUAAUUGUACAAAAUGGCUCCCUUGUUUUGAUAAUUUCAUGUAUCUUAUAUACUCUCAGUAAAAGUGUUUCACUUUUUUUGUGUAAUUAAAUGACGCACAAUAAAAAUAAAUAAAAAUAAAAAAUUGUUUAUUUCCUUUGCUUUGCUUACUUAAAUGCCCAUAAUUUAAUAAGAUGUUAUAAUAAUGUUAAUUUAAUAUGAAAUAA